CGAGGAGAAACGAUCGCGUGUUUCUUGUGAUGCUGUUUUGACUAUUACAACCCAAGAAAGAAGGCGGUUUUUGCUUCUCGUUUGGCUUCUUUUUCUCGUUGUUGUCGUGAGGAGCUGGUGGGAGGGAGGGGAGAAGAGAGUCGGAAGCUUUGACGCUCUCUUCUCACGACAUUGGGCUCAUUCGACCCUCCUGCUCUUGAUUGGAAUUCGAAAUCUUUUGUUCCAAUCCGUUUGUUUUCUUCUCGCGCGGACCCUUUGUUUGACUUCUUACGUCGUAAAAAUUCGUACUUUGCCGCUGUUGCCGUUCGAGUUGAGAGAAUCCGAGAGGGGAGGAGAUAACAGAGGGGUGCGGAAGCUCGGAUUCUCGUUUUUGGAAGAAGAACGGAGGAAAGAAGCAGGCGAAUUGAGACAAGGAAAGAAAAACACAAGGGUUCCUGUUCUCGUUUCUCUUGUCUUCGUUCCUUUCAAUUCGAGGAGUUCCGUAUUCGUUUAGAUAUCCCAAACGGUCUCUAAUUUGGAGAGGCAUUUUGGUUCCCAUACGUUCUCUUGGAAUUUCAAGCUGUCGAGCUUGAUCGCUUAUUUUUGGUUGGUAAAAGACCAAUUUUUUUGUCAUCCCUAUCGGAUUUUUGGAUUUUUCUCCUUGGGAAAGAUUCAAUCUUGCCGCGGCUUGCGUUGGUUCUCAAGGACUCCUUUCGGUUAAUCCUUCAAGAAAGCCGCGAAAGGUUGGAUCUUGGUCCGAAAAUCCACUAAAUCCAAUGGGGAAUUGCUGCGCCGUCCCCGUUGAUCCGGAGACGACGACGACGAAGAAUAAGAAGAAGGAGAAGAGGCCGAACCCUUUCUCUAUCAGUUACCUCCGCGGACCCGCACCCACCCUCGUCGUCCUCAAGGAACCCACCGGCCGGGACAUCGAGAGCCGGUACGAUCUCGGCCAGGAGCUCGGCCGCGGGGAGUUCGGCGUCACAUGCCUCUGCACCGACAAGGCCACGGGGGAGCACUUCGCCUGCAAGUCCAUCUCCAAGAAGAAGCUGCGCACGGCGGUGGACGUCGAGGAUGUGAGGAGGGAGGUGGAGAUCAUGCGGCAUUUGCCGAGCCACCCAAAUAUCGUGAGCCUCAAGGACACCUAUGAGGACGACACCGCGGUCCACCUCGUCAUGGAGCUUUGCGAAGGAGGGGAGCUGUUCGAUCGGAUUGUUGCGAGGGGGCAUUACACCGAACGGGCCGCUGCCAUGGUCAUGCGAACAAUUGUUGAAGUGGUGCAGAAUUGUCACAAGUAUGGGGUGAUGCACCGCGACCUCAAACCAGAGAACUUCUUGUUUGGAAGCAAAAAGGAAAAUGCCCCUCUGAAAGCCAUCGAUUUUGGGUUGUCUGUAUUUUUUAAGCCAGGUGAGCGCUUUACUGAGAUAGUUGGCAGUCCUUACUACAUGGCUCCAGAGGUUUUAAAGCGAGAUUAUGGCCCAGAAGUUGAUGUCUGGAGUGCAGGAGUUAUCCUAUACAUCCUGCUUUGUGGUGUGCCACCAUUUUGGGCAGAAUCAGAGCAAGGCAUCGCACGAGCAAUAAUCCGCUCGGUAAUUGAUUUCAAAAGAGACCCAUGGCCAAAGAUUUCUGAUACUGCCAAAGACCUUGUCAAGCGGAUGCUUGAUCCAGAUCCUAAGAGACGUUUGACAGCUCAGGAAGUUCUUGAUCACCCUUGGCUGCAAAAUGCCAACAAGGCUCCCAAUGUUAAUCUUGGUGAAACUGUUCGUUCAAGACUCCAGCAAUUUUCGGUGAUGAAUAAAUUAAAAAAGAAAGCUCUUAGGGUGGUGGCUGAACAUUUAUCUGUGGAGGAGGUUGCUGACAUAAAGAAUAUGUUUGAGAAGAUGGAUGUAAACAAGAAAGGGCAAAUAACACUAGAGGAGUUAAAAUAUGGUUUGCAUAAGCUGGGACACCAUAUUACUGAUGCAGAUGUCAUAAUACUAAUGGAAGCCGCUGAUGCUGAUGGAAACGGCUCCCUGGACUAUGGAGAAUUUGUUGCCGUCUCCAUCCACCUAAAAAAGAUUGGAAAUGAUGAACACCUGCACAAGGCCUUUCAAUACUUUGAUCAAAAUAAGAGUGGAUAUAUAGAAAUCGAAGAGCUCAGGGACUGUUUGGCUGAUGACUUGGGUCCGAAUCAUGAAGAAGUGAUUAAUUCCAUCAUUCGUGACGUAGACACAGACAAGGACGGAAAAAUAAGUUACGAUGAGUUUGCAGCGAUGAUGAAGGCAGGUACGGAUUGGAGGAAGGCAUCAAGACAGUAUUCAAGGGAGAGGUUCAAUAGCCUAAGCUCGAAACUAAUGAAGGAUGGAUCUUUACAGCCGAAAAGUGAGGGUAGUUGAGAACUGGACAGACCUACAUAUGCAGAGUUUGAACUCGAUAUCUCUUUUAUUGGCUUUGCAUUAUUCCUUCUUUCUUGAAUACCUUUCGGGCCAUCAGUUCCUUCACCUCGUUUCUUCAUUAAUUUGGUUUCUGUUAUAUGAUAUGGAGAUUGUUGACAUUUGGGAUUCAUAAAAUGUGUGAAUACACCGGAUGUCAUUUGGUUGUAUGGUAAUGUAGAUAUCUUUGUGUUUCUAUACUGUUAAAUCAGGGAUGUGGAUGCUGGCAUUUCCACAGGAUUGAAGGAACAGAAAUGCUUCCUUGUAACCUUACACCUUGAAAAUAUAUCUGAUUCAUAUAUGAUAUCUGAUCUUUUAGC